AUGUCCACAUUUUCCCAAAAUUUCCCCAAUCGCCCUUCCCAAUAUAUGGCUGAUCACCAACCCAAAGGAAUUUUCCCAGCAACUAGACGAGUACAACAACAAAGAAAAACGGCAGCGGCUAUUAAACAAAUUGUUGGGAAUAACAAAGUUUUAGACAAGUUUGGGGCUAGAAAAUCAUUUGCGCUUCCUUCAUGGGUUAAUUUAACGGAAAUGGGGAUUCUAGCUGCACGUCCUCAUCUUGCCAAACUUGAAUCUUGGCGUCUACUGAAUGCAGCAAAUGCAGCUAGAGAAAAAAUUAAAAAACAACAAGCAGCACUUUCUGCAAAGGCUUUCGGGGUGAUAAAUGGAGUAAUAAAAUCAAAUGUUACCAAAAAUAGUAAUAAUAAAAAUGUAAAAAAUUCAAAAAUAUCUUCCUCAGCACCUCCGAUAGCAAAAACAACACCCUCAGAAAAAACAAAAUUGUUCUCUUAUUCUCCCCCUUCCUUAACAUCACCCCCAACUUCCCUCUAUAAUAUGAAAUUUACCCAAAUCUGGACUAAAAAAAGAUUAGAACUUACCACUACAAUGAAAACAAAAUUAAAAAAGAAAGAAAAUGAAGAGGAUAAGUCGAGUACAGAGACUGUGAUUGAUCCUAAAAGUUGGGAGGAUAUUGAUGUGCUUGUACCUUUUACACAGAAAAAUGGAGUUUGUGUAUUUUUAAAGUAA